GCCAGACAUCAUGGAAAACCCCCCAUCAUCAUCAUCAUUAUCAUCAUCAUCGUCGCACCCCGCUUGCCAGCCAGGCAGGAGAGCUUCCCGGAGUAUCAUAGCAGCACUAUGAUAGGCGGGUUACGCGUUUUCCCCGCCGCCUGAUUGGCUCCAGCGGCGUCAUCAACACCAGGACACCACCCAAUCGGCCGCUGUUAUGUAUGUGGGAGCCAAAACAGAAACCCAAACGAAACGGAAAGGAAGAAGGAAAGAAAGAGUGCACAGGAAAAAGCAAGACGGCAUACAGCAUCCAAGUAGAUACGUAUGCACGAAAUAGCCCUGCGACUCUGCGAGAACUGCAACUGCUGUGUACCACGCUAUGUACCCCCCUCAGAUAUGCCCACGCAAUAGGUAUGUGCAUACUAUACAUACCGUUCAUUGGAUGCCAGCACGCUCAGCUGAAGUUGUGGAUUAUUACCCCCUCACCCCUCCUGGACGGUUGGCGAUUGAACGGGGGAGAAGAACUGCUGCCUCGAAUACCUAGAGUACCUAGGGCCCGGCCGGGGAGGAAUCUCCUGGAGACGAGAAGGGCAACACGGUCCGAGCAGGUCAACGGCGAGGCGUGUGUUUGGUCGGGCGUGGUCAGGUGCAUUGCAAUGGUUCAGCUUGUGCAUGGGCACCGGGGCAUUGAAUCGUUCUCCCUAUGCAUACUGCUGCUGUUGCUGCUGCUGAGGUUUCUGCUGGAAAGUUGAGGUUGCUUUGACUUCGCUAGGCUUCGUUGGACGCGGAGAUCACGCCUGCCGAC